AGGGAAGUCAGUGACACCAUAGAGAGAAGAGAGAAGGAGAUGGAUGCCCAUUGACCAUGGCUUCCCAUCCAGAGGGAAUAAAAAUGAAUCACUGCCCAGAGGCUUCCAAACUCAACCCAGGUCCUCUGAAGACGUUACUCCACAAACUUGGUCUGGAAAAACAAUAUCCUAAUAAACUGACUCUUCGAUCUUUGCUUGAGAUCAACAAGGACAGUAUAUCUGAUGACGCUGUUGACUCACUCAAAGCAGUACCACGGUACUUUCUGAAGAAGCUAUUGAUUGUCAAUGCAAAAUGUAGGAGUUGCACAUGUUUACCUGAGGAUGAAAGUAGCAUUGAGCUUGAUAGUGAUCAGAAUACAGAGGAUAAUGAGGUAAAUCUUCUAGAUCUCAUCACUGCACUCUUCCUCUGUGCUGACAGUUUCCUGCAGCAGGAAAUGGCACUCAAGAUGUCCAUGUGCCAGUUUGCUGUGCCACUCCUGCUACCCCCGGGCACUGGCAGUCAGAGCACCCUCAUGUUGUGGGCCUUGAGGGCUAUCCUUAAAGAGUGGCGUCCACAUGCUCUAUCAGAGUCAAAAGGGUUUGAGGAAGGUAAUAUUGUGCUUUUGCAAAUGCCUUUAAUCUCCUUUGUGAGGCUUCAAGCCUGUAGUAUGUCAAAAUCGCGGCUUUUGAAUCAUGUCCUCAGCAAUGAUCAACAGAAUCACAACAUCUUCGCUCACAAAGACAUGGAUGGAGGGGCAGCUCCAAGGACGAUCUCAGGUGGCUUGGUAGAGGCUUGCUGGUAUCUUCCAUGUGGAAACAGAAAUGGGGAUAACUUUCCGGAACCACUAACCGUUGCUAACUUGAGAGGAGACGUUUGUGCUUCACAAGCACAAUUUAGUUUUCUAACCCAAGUUUCAACAGCCAUCUUCAUCUUCCUUGACAGCGUUGAUGAAGAUGAACGGAAGUUGUUGCUCUCUCUUGGGGACAUGGGAUCCAAGCUGUUCUUUGUGGUCAAUUCCAAAGAAGAGGUGAGCCAUAAUGUCAGGACAUCAGUAAAAGAGAUAAUGGAUGCAUUCAAACUAAAGUCAAACAAAUUACUGAUGCAGAGACCAAAUGUCAACCGUGCAAGAUUCUCACGUCAGAUCACCAAAGCCAUGAAAGAUAUUUUGAAGGAAUCUACUUCAAAAAUAAGCAUAGAAAGUAUGUCAAAUGAAGCUAUCGAGCUGGGGCCAUUUGUUGAUGAAUGUAAGACUGAGGCCUCAAAAUCAGCAGCUGAGGAGAUUCUGAAAGGCAUUGGAGACCAGAGCAUAGUGGAUUACAAGAGGAACCAGCUGCCAUUGCAAGGUGAACACUGGAAACAAUUAGCUAAGAUAGAGAAAGAGGAGUGCAGGUUGAAAGACUCAGGGGAAAACAGACUGGAAGAGUACAGAGCCAAACUCCAGGAGGAUAAACUGAAGAUUAGAAGAGAGCAGAACAAGUACAAGACUACCACAGCUAUGGCAAGCUUUCUAGGAUUCCUGGCGACAACCGAUAAAGAGGAAAAGGCCCUAUUUCUUAAAUGGUUACAGCUCAAGCUGGAUAUGCGGUCACGGAAAGACUUGUCAUCUCUGCGCCACAGAUUCAAAGAACAGUCUUUGGUGAAGCAAGAUAAUAAAUGUUUGGAAGAGCUAGAUCAAUGUAUUUUGGACUCGUCUCUGGGAAUCGAACAUUUCAUGAGAGAGAUGGGACAAAUCUAUGAGGCAUCCAGGCUUGGAAAUCCCCAAGCAUCAUCAGAACAUUGCCCUCUACCUGCCCUGGCAGCUGAGCUGCUGUUGGAUGGCUAUCCAUUUGAGCUUUUAGAUGGAGAUGCCUCCAACAUCCCAGAGAAGUGGGUGACUGAUGUCCUGAUGGAGCUUCACAGAAAGGUAGGAGAGAAAAGUAAGCUGCUUGUACUGACUGUAUUGGGGGUACAGAGUACAGGGAAAUCAACACUGCUCAACACCAUGUUUGGUGUGCAAUUCCCCGUCAGCAGUGGCAGAUGCACAAGGGGAGCAUUCAUGCUUUUCCUCAGGGUUGGAGAGGACAUGAGGAAAGACCUGCGUUGUGACUUCAUCCUUCUAAUCGACACAGAGGGUCUCAAGUCACCAUCUCUAGCACAGCUGGAUGAAAGCUGUGAACACGACAAUGAGUUGGCAACUCUAGUGAUCGGUCUUAGUGAUAUCACAAUCAUCAACAUUGCCAUGGAGAACUCAACAGAGAUGAAUGACGUUCUGCAGAUAGCUGUUCAUGCCUUCUUAAGGAUGAAAGAAGUUGGCAAAAUGCCAGUUUGUCAUUUUGUGCACCAAAAUGUGGCAGGAGUGUCUGCACACAACAAGAAUGUGACGGACAGAAAAUAUAUUCUGGACCGACUCAAUGAGAUGACACAGAUUGCAGCUGAGAUGGAGAAGCGGCCCUCUGUGAAUAGAUUCACUGAUGUAUUGGAUUAUGACGCAGACAAAAACAACUGGUAUAUUCCUGGGCUGUGGCACGGCACACCACCAAUGGCACCUGUCAAUACAGGUUACAGUGAAGCUGUUUUGGACCUCAAGAAGAACCUUCUAGAAGUUCUUAAAACAUGCAGAUAUGAGGAACCUUCACAGAUCCCAGAAUUCAUUGAAUGGAUGAAGAGUUGUUUGUGGAAAGCUGUGAAAUAUGAGAACUUAAUUUUCAGCUUCAGAAAUACUCUUGUUGCUCAAGCAUAUGACAACCUCUGGAAAGAAAUGACUCAAUGGGAGUGGGACAGCCGAAAGAAAAUCUACACAUGGCAAACGAAGGCAGACCUACAAAUCUCAAACCUUGAGGUAAACAGCUUUGAAAACCAGGCAGAAAUCCAAGACUUGCAGAAAUUGGCGGAAACUUUCAAAUCUGAGGCAUUGAAAAUGGUGGCAACUCUGGAGAAAGAGAUGACAGACAAACUAGACGCAUACUACAAAAGGAAAGACAGAAAUGUAUCCCUGAUAGAAAAGAACAAAAUAGAUUUCUUUCAUCAUAUCCGGGAUGUUCACAGAGAUAUCUUAAACACAGAGAAUAAUAAACUUGACAUGGCCGUAAAGCUUAAGAUCAGCACAAUCGAGGCCGAUGAUAUUCAUAGAAAACAGAAAGUCAGGAUUGAACAGAAGGUAUUGCAGCUCCUUCAAAACUCCAGUGACAGCAAAACCCCACUCUCAGACGAGCAGCUGGAAGAUGAGUUUGGGAAGAUGUGGAGCCGAGAAGUAGUGAAGAUUUCAGGGUUGGAAGAGCACGACAUUCCUUCUUCUGUUUUCAAGCAGUUAACAGGAGAUUUCUCUAAUCGCAAUGUGAAUGAGGAGUUUCAAAAUGUAGAGACUCUGACAGCCUACGGCAAGGAGCCUUUCAAGGCCAGGGACAGACACAUUUGUACUAUGACCAAAUUCAAACUGAAAAUGAUGAUGUUUGGGAAGAAAAAAAAAGCGAAAGAAAGUUUGCAGAGAUUUUCAAAGAGCGUUAUUGAUACCUGCAGAAGGAUUAUCCUAGAUUCCACAAAAUCCCAAACAGAUUACCAUGACUCUCUUACAAAAUAAGUUCUUGAGAAGAUAAACGAAUCUCUGAAAGAAAACUACAAGGACCUAAAAACAAAUACAAAAUUUGAGGUUGACCUGAAACUGUACAUAUGUGGUAUUGCCUCAAGGGAAUUCCUUCAAAUGCACAGGAAUUUCCUUCUUCGCAAAGAU